GUGGGCAGUUACCGGAAGUGGGGCCGUUUGAAUGGACGGGAGCGGGACCGGCCGGGCCGAACCGGAAGUGGGGCCGUUGGAAGGGACCGGAAGUGGGGCAGUUGGAAGGGACCGGAAGUGGGGCAGUUGGAAGGUGACAGUUGGUCGGUCGCUGGGGUUUGUUAUGGAGAAGAUUUUCGACGCCAUGAGCUACGGCGCCGUCCCCGAGGCCACCAGCGCGGCCCAGGCUUGGUUGGAUGCUCAUGGCAGGAGCCUGGGUCACUUCAUCGCAGGGAAAUGGGUGAAACCCACAGACUGCAAAACAGAACCCUCAAAGAACCCUUCAACAGGAGAAACUCUGGCCACCACGGUACAAGGAGAGCCCACACACAUAGAUACGGCGGUGAAGGCAGCAAGUACAGCCUUCGAUUCGUGGAGCAAGCUAUCGUGUCACGUGAGAGCGAGACACCUGUACAGCAUCGCACGGAACGUUCAGAAACACCAGCAGUUGCUGAGUGUGCUGGAAAGCCUGGACAGCGGAAAGCCCAUUCGCGAGGCGCGGGAUUGGGACCUGCCGUUAGUUGUCCGGCACUUUUACCACCACGCGGGCUGGGCGCAGCUGAUGGGCGUAGAGAUGCCAGGCUGGAAGCCGGUGGGUGUUGUCGGGGCCAUUGUUCCAUGGAGCUUCCCUCUGCUGAUGCUGGCCUGGAAGGUUUGUCCAGCCCUUGCCAUGGGUAACACAGUGGUGCUGACACCGUCCGACCACACCCGCCUCACAGCGCUGCUCUUGGCCGAGAUCUGCUCAGAAGCUGGGCUGCCUCCCGGGGUCUUCAACGUGGUGACGGGGAGCUCGGAGCUCGGCCAGACCCUCGCCAAACACCCAGAUGUGGACAAGGUGACCUUCAGCGGAUCCACCGAGGUCGGGAGAACCAUCCGUCGGGCUACAGCGGGCACUGGGCAGAAGCUGUCGCUGGAUCUCAGCGGCAAGUCCCCCUUCAUCGUGUUUGACUCGGCUGAUCUGGACAGCGCGGUGGAGGGGGUGGUGGAUGCCAUCUGGCUGAACCAAGGGCAGAUGUGCAGCGCUGGCUCCAGGCUCCUAAUGCAGGAGUCAAUUGCCGAGGACCUGAUCGCUAGGCUGCAGCAGCGGAUGACCCACCUCAGGCUGGGUGACAGCCUGGACAAGACGGUGGACUUGGGCGCAAUGGUGGACGAGUCUCAGCGGGCGCUGAUCAGCGAGUACGUGGAGGAGGCCAGGAGCGAGGGAGCAGAGAUUUAUCAGGUGGAAACAGACGUAAAGAAACAGCUGUGCUACCCGCCCACUCUCAUCACCAACGCCAGCACUGUAUCCCGCAUUGUCCGACAAGAGAUCUUCGGGCCUGUGUUGGUGGCUCUGACAUUCCGCACUGCCAAGGAAGCCAUUGCUCUCGCCAACAACUCACCGUACGGUCUCGCGGGCAGUGUCUGGUCUGAAAACCUGGCCUUGGCGCUUGAGGUGGCAAUGAGCCUGCAGGCUGGUGUUGUGUGGGUGAACGGACACAAUGUGUUCGACGCUGCUGCUGGGUUUGGGGGCUGCAAAGAGAGUGGCUUCGGCAGGAGUGGAGGCAAGGAGGGCUUGUUCGAGUACGUGAGGCCGGCCUGGGAAAACCGCCCACGCCCCAACCCCACCGAGGUCAACUAUAAAACCUUUGCCGCGUCGUACGGAGUGGAUCUGCCCCCAGUCCCCGGCCAGAUGGAAGGUGGACAGCCCCUCCCACUCCAGCCCAGCCCCGUCCCGAGUGUAGACAGGACCUACAAGCUGUACUAUGGCGGGGCUCAGAAGCGAGCGUGCGGAAUGUACUCACGGCCGGUGCACGAUCGCAGCGGCAAAGUGCUGGCGUACGUGGGGGACGGGAGCAGGAAGGACGUCAGGAAUGCGGUGGAGGCCGCCCACAAGGCAGUGACCAGCUGGAGUUCGCGGACAGCACAUGCCAGGGCUCAGGUGGUAUAUUAUGUGGCUGAGAAUCUGGAGCAACGACGGGAGGAGCUAGCCCAGAGGCUGAGCGAUCUGACCGGAGGGAGCCUGGAGCGGGCCAGGCAGGAGGUGGACCUGUGUGUGGAGAGACUAUUCCACUGGGGUGCUUUUUGUGAUAAAUACGGAGGUACAGUCCAGGAAACACCGCUGUACGGCAGCACAGUGAUGGUGCGGAGGCCGGUCGGGGUGGUGGGCAUCGCUUGCCCCGACGAGCAGCCCCUCCUCAGCUUCGUCAGUCUCUUCGCUCCAGCUAUUGUCCGAGGGAAUGCUGUCAUCAUUAUCCCCAGUGAGAAGUUUCCUCUUCCCGCACUGGACCUGUAUCAGGUGUUCGAAACCUCGGACCUCCCAGGGGGAGUGGUGAACAUCCUGACCGGAUCCCGGGAUCAUCUGAGCAAGUUCCUGGCCGAGCACCAGGACGUUCAAGCCAUGUGGUACUUUGGUUCGGAGCAGGGCUCAAAGUUUGUCGAGUGGACGUCGGCUGAAAACAUGAAAAGGACCUGGGUGAGUUAUGGAUUCCAGCGGGACUGGUCUGACCCCCAACAGGGGGCUGGCGAAGAGUUCCUGUAUCAUGCCACCCAGUGCAAGAAUGUUUGGAUCCCAAUGGGAGAAAUCUUCGCCAACUAGAGCCAGGCUGUCGUGGGGCGGGGUGGGGGGAGAGUUGUGGGAGAAAUGGGGUAUCACCAACUGUCAAAGUGUGUGUGUGUGUGCCAUUGACUACUUGAAUGACUGAAUCUCUUGUCAACGUAA